AUGGUCAGUAUAAAGCAAAUUGAUGCUCAUUUGAACGAUCCUAUUGAUGAGGAUGCUCCUCCCACAAUCUAUGGUACUUCUUUAAAACCUGAAUUUGCUAAUGCUUCAUUGAAUCUUGCUGUUGAUUUUAUUAAACAGCAAUGUGCCUUGCUAAAUAGGCAUUUGUUCUGGCAUCCACUCACAGUAUCGACCGUGAUUUCAUGUGGGUUGCUGUACUUGGCAACGCAAUCCAAUUAUCCAGGGCAUGCUAAUCACGUGACUGGGUGGUUGUAUCAGUUUAUGUUGAUGAACAAGAAAGAGAUGGUGACAUGUGUAUUGGUAUGGGCCAUCACUGGGUCUACAAUAAUUACUUUGUUGUCUAAGAUUACGGAAAUGGUGUUUAAGAGGAAAUCCAAGUUGAUCUUGGAUACCAAUGGACAAAUCAUCUACGGCAUUGAUUUGAAGAAAUUGGCAAGUGGCGAACCACAGGAUGAAAACCUGUUGGAUAACACUGAGAUCAUUGUGUACCGUGACACGCCCAUUGCUGUUGUUUCGGUCUUGGAGAACAAGCCAUUGAGUAAGAAGGACGCUUUGGUUAUGGGUGUUUCUACGAUAGGUUGUCGUCGUGUAUAUUUGAAGAGUGGGAUUUUGGAAGACCUUAUCGAUUGGGCGUUGAUUCGUACCAAGAACUAUCAAAAAGAACAUCCGCAAUUCAAACACGGAGAAUCGAUGAAAUUGCUAGUGGACGUAUAUUCUUUUGAAAACUAUACAAAGAAAACGUUGGCCAAGAAGGGAUUUAGCAUGAUCGAAAGUUACAAAUUGCCUGAAAAUAAGUUCUUGGCAACUAUGUUUGGUAUCAAGAAAGAGCUAUGGGGUAUUCAAUUCCAUUUUGAACCAAAGAAGGAUUGA